UUAUCUAUGACAUUGAAUAAACUUUACUCCCACGUGUGUUUUGUUUUUUGAAUUAACUAUACCAGAGGAAUUAAAUUACCCUUUUUAUACUUUGAAUAUUUUUUUUAUUGUUUAAUUUUAAUGCAUAAUGGUAGAGUGUUAUCAACAUAACGUUAGAUUUUACAGUGUAGAGCCUAGGGCUAUACAUUGUGUGUCGUAUGAGGAGAGUCUCAGGAAGAUUGCCCUGUCCAGGGCGGACAGCUCCGUGGAGGUGUGGGACGUGGCGGGCGCGCCUCACGUGCAGUGCGUGCUGCCGGCGGGCCCCAGCCACUCGGUGGAGGCGCUGGCCUGGUGCGAGGGGCGUCUCUUCAGCGCGGGGCAGCUCGGCCUCGUGAGGGAGUACGACCUGCGGCGACUGUGCGCUAAGCGUGACGUCCCAGUGACGGCCGGACCGGCGUGGUGUCUCGACGUCAACCGCAGCAAGACGCAGCUGGCUGUUGGAACAGAGAACGGAUAUGUCAAUAUUUUCGAUGUGGCCCAUAAUGAAUUGACAUACUUGAAGAUCCUUGACAAACAAGAAGGCAGGAUCCUCUGCAUCGCCUGGCACCCGUCGGGCCGGGCCGUGGUGACGGGCGGGCUGGACGCGAUACGCAUCUGGAGCGUGGCGUCGGGCCACGCGGAGCAGCGCAUCAGCGUGGGCCGCGCCGAGGCCGGCAAGGAGACCGUGGUGUGGUGCGUCGCCGUCACGCGCCACUUCACCAUCGUCACCGGGGACUCGCGAGGCUACACCUGCUUCUGGGACGGCAACGCGGGGGCCCAGCUGGACGGCUUCUGCAGCCACAAGGCGGACGUGCUGUCGGUGUGUCUGAACGAGGAGGAGGACACCGUCUACUGCGCAGGUGUGGACCCGGUGAUAGUGAGCUUCUCGCGGGUGCUGCUGAAGGACAGGGGCAGGAGCCAGUGGGUGCGCUCUGUGGAGCGUAGGGUACACAUCCAUGACGUGAGGGCCAUGGUCUGUGCUGGGAAAUGCCUCUUCUCCGCAGGAGUGGACGGCUACUUGGCCGUGAGUUCAUACCCGCCCAAGGUCAUGCACAAGUACCCACCGACACUGCAGGCGGGCAGCGUGCAGCUGAGCGGGCAGUCGCGCUGCCUGCUGCUACGCUACCCGGAGCGCCUGGAGGUCUGGCGGCUGGGCAGGGCAAUGCCAGACGGGGAGGAGCCCGGCCCCCUGCCCCUGGCCCAGGAGCCCGUGCAGCUGCUGCAGCUGCGUGCGCGGCCCGGGGAGCUGCUGCAGAGCGCGGCCCUCAGUCCCGACUGCCGCUGGCUGGCUCUCUCCACCACCUCUCGCCUGCAGCUUUACGCCGUCUCUCAGGGCGAAGGGGACGUCCCUCAGCUGUGCAAGAGCAGGUUCCAAGGCAAGGACAGCGAGCCGUGCCACGCCAUGCUGUUCUCGGGCGGCGGCCACUUCGCGGUGCUGGCCAGCAACGCGGGCUUCCUGGAUGUGUACCAGACGAGCCACGAGGCGGUCGUGUGGCUGCGCACCGUGCACUCUCCCUCCAACCCAGUCCUGAGCGACACGGUGAAGCUGCUGGCGGUCUCGGAGGGCGACAGGCACUUGGCUGCGGCCGACUGCAGCAGCAACAUAGCCGUGUGGAGCACCGCCAGCUGGCAGGUGCAGUUCAGGCUGCCGCGCCACGGGCACGCCCCCACGGCCAUGAGCUUCCACCGCGCCAGGCACCUGGUCGUCGUCUACGCCGACCAGAAGAUUGUUGAGGUCAUGUUGAAGACGGGAAAAUUCACAAAGUUUUCAAAACGACUGAGCAAGAAGGUGCCUGUGGAGUGGUCGUCGCGUACGUUCCCGGUCACCAACGUCACGUUUGAUCCACGCAACAAGAACUUGAUCAUCCUCCACGACGACAACUUGUUGUGUGUGAUCAACAAGGACGAGGAGAGCGACGAAGUGAAUGCUAAGGUUGCGCGCGGCAGUAACCUGGAGCUGUCCGACAGCACAGACCUGGACGCGCACGCAUCGUCGGAGCGGCAGCAGGCCUUCACCUUCAGGAGGUUCAAGCACCUGGUGCACGCACAGUGGCUGGGCCGGGACGAGCUGGUGGUGGUGGAGGUGAGCCCUCAGUCCCUCCUGGCCAAGCUGCCCCCGACACUCAAGCAGAAGACCUGUGGCAUGUGAUGGUGAUUGUCGCAGUGUGUGUUGGAGGGUGGUGAGGGACAGUGGUUGUGUUGGCAGCACCUGGUGCACGCACAGUGGCUGGGCCGGGACGAGCUGGUGGUGGUGGAGGUGAGCCCUCAGUCCCUCCUGGCCAAGCUGCCCCCGACACUCAAGCAGAAGACCUUCGGCAUGUGAUGCCAGCGACCUCUUUCCUGUACCUUGUUGAAAAUAAAUCCUUUAUGUUUCAUUAA